UUCUGCAUGUCCCGUACCUAAGCUGAUAAAGCAUCUACGCACUUUGCUGUCAAGUCUGUGCCACUCUGCUGAUAGAGUCUGAGCUGUGCCUUGAACCUUGGACAUAAGGACCUACAAACCAAAGUCUCUUUCCUGCCUCAGUAAUGUUCCGUCGGUUAAAUAACAUGCUCAUGGGAGAGAUUGAUAGCUUGUCCAGCCAGGAGCCUGAGUUCAGUGAGAAAGAAGAUGAAGAAUGGAUUCUGGUUGAUUUUAUAGCGGACACUUGCACUAGCUGCUCCACAGAGGAGGAGGACAUCCCCAAGCCCUCGGCUGCGGACAGCUCGCCCGUCUUCCCUUGUUUGCCCGCUCCCUUGGAACACUUGCCGGAGGCUACCGAGUCCUGUUUCAUCCAGUUUGAUUCGUGCCCCAUGGAGGAGAGCUGGUUUAUUACCCCUCCCCCAUGUUUUACUGCAGGUGGAUUAACCACUAUAAAAGUGGAAACCAGUCCUAUGGAGAACCUCCUGAUAGAGCAUCCCAGCAUGUCUGUGUAUGCUGUCCAUAAUACUUGCCACAGCCUCAAUGAGAGUAGCUGUGGAAAGGAGGAGUUUCACAGCCCAGGUAGUCCCAGAAUGGAGGCCCGAAAUGAAAUGGGACAGCAUGUUCACUGCUACGUGGCAACUCUUACUACUCGUUCAAUUUUUCUGGAAAAAAACAAGAGCUUUCGCCCUACCUGCUGGAUAAAGGAACGUAAUGAAAGACUCUGUCCCACCAGGAACGGUCUCCGGCGCCAGAACCUCACCAGGGACGGCGCCUCCCGGCGGCUCCGGCACCACGGACUCUUUGUUCACCAGCCUUGCCAGCGCCAGUUCAAUUACUGAGGGCUCUCAUGGUUUUAAUCUUAUUUUUGUGUUUUUACUAGGUUGCUCUUGUUUCCAUGCAU